AUGCCCGAGCUCCUCCCGAACUACGUCCAGGGGUGGUACCUACUCCAUGAUUCGGGCUUGACGGCCCAGGAGAAGAACAGUGUUCAAACGGCUCUCCAAGGCGACUUCCGCUACGAUCGGGUGGCCCAAGAGCUUCGGAACCAGUGUGCGGUUCUCGAUGGACAGCGUCGAGAAUAUCAUCCGAAGAACUCGGGCUACAUGGGCGAGCUCUACGACGAGGAGCCGGACGAGGACGAGACGCAGACCGUGGAGGUCGACCCGAUCAUGGAGGCCGAGCACCAGGAGGAAUGGCAGGAAGCGGAAGAAGAUGCUCAAUCCGCCCUGGCCGCGAUCACUCAGGGCAGGCGGACGCUGAAGGAAGUGAGACAAAGGCAGAACAAUGUGCGACUGGCGAGGCAGUACUUUCGCACCAACUCUGGCGCAGGGCACCGAGAUGGAGGCAAAAGCCGAGAUGAGAAGAUGACGUGUUUGCGAUGCGGCCGGACAGGCCACCGCGUCGCGAACUGCCCUGAUCCACCGACGGCUGCAGCAAAAAGUGCCGAACCAGUGGCUGCUACGUCUUCCUUUGUUUGCUUCUGUGAUCAGCCCCAAGCCCUCACCGUGGAGCAGAGCGCCGAGGACAACACCAACGACAUGCAAGCAAUGAUGAGCGGCAUCUCCACGGCGGACGCGGUCUCCCAAGGAAAGGCCGUGAUCGACGGCGGAGCCACGAAAACUCUGGCUUCUAUCAAUGCCAUGGAGCGGAUCAUGCAGCUGAACAACCUCAAGAGUGGUCAUUCAGGGCUGAUCUCAGUGGACACCACUGAGAGGCCGGUUUUUGGGUUUGGUAAUGGGUCUGAGGAUAGGUGCAGUUCAACUGUACAGCUUCGGAUCUGUGCAGACAAGAAGCCUGGAGAAGUCAAGGUCCACUGCCUCGACCGAGGCACGGGGCCGAUGUUGCUGUCAAUAGACACGUUGCGCAAGUUGAAGGCGGUAGCUAUCCUCGCCCUCAACAUCACCAAGCGCAACAUGCCGAAGGCCACCAAGGAGGACCUGCGCAUGGAGCUGCUGAACCACGGCGAGACGCCGCCACAAAGCUGGACAAUGGUAGAGUUGAACCAACGACUCCGAGAACUCCGAGAGCAAGGCCUUUUGGAGACCGAGGAGGCGAGCCCCAACUCCACCAUGGAAAAGAUGCUCAAGGACUUACGCCGAGCCAGCAAGCUCAAGGCGAACUUGACCAAGUACUGCACCGAGGCGCUCAAGCUCGAGCUGACGGGGAACGAGGUGAUGGCGAAGAUGAUCGACAAGGCGACCAAGGAGAUCCGCCGGGUGUGCCCGGCCGAGGCCAACGACCUGGCCGGCUUCGGCAAGCAUGCCAACGAGCGCUACGUUGCCAUUGCCACGCAGUACCAGGACUAUGCAGCUUGGGUGAAAACUACGUUCCAGGAGAGCGGCGAGGACCAUGUGGAUCCCAGAUUGGCACGGCUGGCCAAGUGGCUAUUGGAGAUGGACCGGAAGCCCACUCCAAAGGCCCCACCAGUCACGCGCAAGGAGCAGGGCUCCAUGAAGAUGCAGACCCCGAGCACCUCAAGCCAUGUGUCAGGUCGCACCGGGACGAGCCGAGCCAGCACCGACCCUACCAGCGCACAGGCGGUGAAGAUGAUGCAGGAAAUGGCCGAAGCGAUGGAGUCAAUGCGCCAGGAGCUUGCCGAGGUGAAGGGCCAGCGACCGCACAAGACCGCGGGGAAGAACGAGGAGGGCCACCUCACCGACGGGAGCUUGUAUGAGUGCUUCUCAGCGGCUGAGUGCUCAACUGAAAAGCCAGAGCACGAGGACACCAUUCAGUGUAGCAGUGUCAUCGUGAACGACAAUUGUCAAAUGCAAGUGCAAGGGGAUGUCAACAACCUCCCCAAUACCCUGAACCAUCUGAUUGGCGUGACUCCUUACCAACAUGGUGAGUACAAGUCAGGACACCUACGACGGACCCGACACCAGGUUGUGACUUUCGAUGCCCGGAAGUGGCAUGCCACGCAGCCAUGGCACGGCCAUAGAGUGACCGUUGGGGGUUACACCAGCAGAGGGGUUCUUCAUUUGAGUGUUGAGGAGAUUCAGUGGUUGAAGGCUCGUGGGUUCCAGUGGCAAGAGAGGGAACAAAGUGCUGAGGUUAGUGCGGUGUUUCGGAAGGAGGCUAAGAAGGGAAGCAAGGUUGAGGAGGAAAUCAAGCGUAAGUUGUAUCUCCUUCAUGCGGCUACGGGACAUGGAAGCACGAAGAACUUAGUCGAGGCCCUCAAGCGUCGUCACGUGGACCCCUUAGUUCUUAGAUUAGCCGAAGAGUUUCAGUGUCCCAUCUGUCACGAACGAAAGAAAGCCCAACCAAGACAGCUGGCGUCCCUUGAACCAUUGCCUCCCAAAUUUCACACCAUCACGGCCGACAUUGGCCAUUGGAACUGCCCCCAUAGCGGGGAAACCCAGAAUUUCAUGAUCGUGGUUGACGAAGGGCUCGAUCCGGCAGGCAGUUUCCGCUCGGCAAGCGUAGAGGACUUCUGUGAUCGCAAUGAAAUAUAUUUGGAUAUCAUACCCGGGGAAGCACAUUGGCAGAUUGGAACCGUGGAAAACGCGAUUCAAGGGUUGAAAACUGUUAUGACGAAGCUCAGUGCGGAAGACCCAAGCUUGUCUGCGGAACAAGUCAUGAGUUUGGCCAUUAGCACGUUCAAUCAACGAGAACUGGUGAGGGGAUUCUCACCGGUCCAGCAUGUUCUGGGUAGCGCUCCAGACGAGACGGGACGACACCUCCACCCCGAAAGACCGCAGCCUCCCGAUGUGAUUCUGAAUCAGCCUCUACAAGAUUUUCGGAAGGAGGCAGAGCUACGGGCUUCAGCGGAAAAGGCACUAGUGGAGUGGCAAGCACAGCAGCGAGUGACUCGGGCAGUGAACUCGAGAACGAGACCGAGCCACCUGUACCAUCCGGGGGAUCUUGUCUACUUUUGGCGCACCCAAGAGUCGGGACGCGGGAAACGCAGUCCCAACACAACGCAAGGCCGGUUUUUGGGGCCGGCGCGCAUAUUGGCCAUGGAAACCAGACGAUCUGCUGACGAUGAGCCACGCCCAGCUCACUCCGUGUGGGUAGUGCGUGGAUGGCACCUCAUGAAGUGUAGCCCCGAACAGCUGAGACCUGCCAGCCAAAGGGAGGAAUUGGUAGAGUCCCUGGCCACUAGUGACCAGACACCCUGGACCUACACGAGGCUCGCUGAAGAGAUAGGUGGUAGCCAGUAUGAAGAUAUCAGUGCCGAAGUACCAUCCGAACAAGAGUGGCAGCGAGCUCAAGAUGUUCAAGAAGAGGUGUCGCCACCCAGGACCAGGAUUCGCGGCAAGCGGGCCGCGCCGAUACCAGAUGAAGACCUGGACCUCGAGGACCCCGACGCAGGAGAACCCAGCCAGCCAAGCAACAUUCGACGAGUCGGACAACUUCCGGGACCCCGCCAUGCUGGACUCUCUGGAGAGAAGUGGCAGGCAUCAGUGGCCGAGAGCGCUUGGGCGGCAGAGGAAAGUUGCUAUUGGGCCCAGGAAGAGGCGGCAGUGGCUAUUGAGAUUGAGGUUCCCCAGAGCAAUCGUGGCUGGGAGAAGUUUCUGAAUAAUCCUCAAGCCUACUUUGUGGGAGCAUUGCGAAGGCGAGCCGUUGAGGUAAGCGAAAAGCGACUAACUGCUGAGGACCGCGUAAAGUUCCAGGAGGCGAAAGCCAAAGAGGUGCGCAACUUUAUUGCGGCACAGGCCUUCGAGGCACUCCCAGAUCACUUGAAGCCAUCAAAAGAUCAGGCGAUUGGUAUGAGGUGGCUACUUACUUGGAAAACUCAGGACGAUGGGCAGCCGCCAACCGUCAUUGGCGAAUCCAAAAAGGGGACAUCACUGGAGCAUUUCUUCAAGGAAGAGAGCACGGUCACGCGCUUAAAAAGGGCAUGCUACGGUCUGGUUGACGCGUUGUGGAGUGAUGCGUGCGCCUGGGUGUGGAGACCACAGGGUCAAUUAAGGGGGAUGGUGACGGGUCAUGUGGACGAUUUCCUGUUUGGGGGCUCUGAGGAGGAUCAGGGUUGGCAGAAGAUUAUUCGUUUGAUUAAAGAGAAGUUUAGAUGGGGAGAUUGGGACCAGGACAAAUUCGUUCAAUGUGGUGUGCAAAUUGAAACUACCAGUGACGGUUUUACCCUCUCCCAACCUCACUACCUCUCGAACCUCGAGGAGAUACACAUCAACGCCACACGGCGUAAGGACCGAAAGGCCGAGACGACAGAGUGGGAGAAGACCCAACUCAGGGCCUUGCUUGGAGGACUCAGCUGGUUUGCCCAGCAGACAGGACCGCAUCUUGCAGCAGAGGUGAGCAUGAUGUUGUCUGCUGUGUGUGAAUCACGAGUAGAGACGAUCAUUGAGGCGAAUCUUCUUCUCCAGCAUGCUAAAGAGCGAAAGAACCAUGUCUUGCAGAUUUUCAGGCAUAAGGAUGAAGACAUGCAGUUUUAUGCCUGGGUUGAUGCUGCGAACAAGAACAGGGCCCGCGAAGGAAGUACCCAGGGUGUCUUCAUAGGGGCCUCGUCGAAGCAGCUUCUUCAAGGAGCAGUGUGUGCAGUGAGCCCCAUGUCAUGGAGCUCAACAAAGAUUGAUCGCAGUUGCCGCAGCCCGGGCUCAGCAGAAACCCAAGCAGCAGUGAAUGGCGAAGACUCGCUAUUUUACAUGCGGUACCAAUGGGCCGAGAUGCAGUUUGGCAAGGUCAAUCUGCAAGCACCCUCUGAGACCGUGAAGCUGGUGGACGGCUGUUUGAUCACGGACUCUCGGAACGUCUACGACAAGUUGAGUACCGAGGUGCUAACGGUGCAGGGCGCAGAGAAGAAGGCAAAUCUGGAACUGCUCAGCGUCAAGGAGUCCCAGAUGUCCACUAAUCUGAAAGUGAGAUGGGUGCAUUCAGAAGCUCAGUUAGCCAACGCUCUUACCAAAAAGGGCGGAAAGGAACUCGAGCUCUACUACAAGAUGCGCUUCAUGUGGCGGAUAGUGGAGGACCCAGGAUGGUCUGCGAAGCUUUGGAUCACAGGACCUUCCAGUGGCAGGGAGGGCGUCACGUCGGCCGGCUGGGAUAUCGAAGUUGAGGAUUGUGAGUUAGGAAGGCCAUCCCACUGCAAAUGGAUGCUUGCCGCAGGGAAGAAUGAGAAGAACCGUGCGGAAGCUGUGGUUCUGCAGAAGCGCUUACAGCAAGGGAAAGAGUUGCACCUGAUGCUGUAUAGGUGGUCUAUGGUGGUCUUGACUUGA